UCCACUCCUGUAUAGGGCUGAGGUCACAAGUGUUGAGUUGAGAGAGCACAAAGAAAAGCAGCCUUACCCAACAAACCAUCACAAGGACCUGACAGCCCAGAGGAAGCAGAUGCAGCACACAGAGACACAACCAGACCACAAGAGUGAUGUCAUCCAGAGUCAGACAGAGGAACAGGAGCAGAGUGCUGAGGGGGGGAAACUGGCUGCCGAGCAGCAGAAGCAGCAGCCGGGCUUUGACAUGAUCUACACCAUAGAGGAUGUCCCGCCGUGGUACCUCUGCAUUCUACUGGGCCUCCAGCACUACCUGACGUGUUUUAGCGGGACCAUCGCUGUACCCUUCCUGCUAGCGGAGGCCAUGUGUGUGGGAAAGGACCAGAACACUGUCAGUCAGCUGGUGGGAACCAUCUUCACCUGCGUGGGAAUCACCACACUCAUUCAAACCACCUUUGGAGUCAGGUUACCUCUUUUCCAGGCCAGUGCUUUUGCUUUCCUCAUCCCUGCUCAAGCUAUCCUAGGGCUGGAUAGAUGGAAAUGUCCCCCUGAAGAGGAGAUUUAUGGGGACUGGAGUCUUCCUCUGAACACCUCCCACAUCUGGCACCCAAGGAUGAGAGAGAUCCAGGGUGCCAUCAUAGCAUCCAGUGCAGUGGAGGUGGUCAUCGGGCUGGUGGGUCUCCCUGGUCUCCUCCUGGACUACAUCGGGCCCCUGACCGUCACCCCCACCGUGUCCCUCAUCGGCCUGUCUGUCUUCCAGACAGCUGGGGACAGAGCCGGCUCUCACUGGGGCCUCUCAGCACUGUGCAUCUUCCUCAUCGUGCUAUUUGCUCAGUACCUGAGGAACUGGUCCUUCCCUUUCCUCACCUACAACAGGAAGAAAGGCUUCAGCAUCACCAGGUUCCAGAUCUUUAAGAUGUUCCCGAUUAUCAUGGCCAUCAUGUUGGUGUGGCUGCUGUGUUACAUCCUGACCCUGACUGACGUGUUGCCCAGUGACCCCAGCAAGUACGGACAGAAGGCACGCACUGAUGCGCGCGGUGACAUCAUGACCCUCUCCCCCUGGUUCCGCUUCCCCUACCCCUGUAAGAGGCCAGCCUUACAGCCAUUGUCUCACACUGGGGCAGUUUGGACGCCUGAGCUAGAGCAAGGGUCAAGUCAGUGGGGGUUGCCCACGGUGACCAUCGCCGGAGUGCUGGGCAUGUUCAGUGCCACACUAGCUGGCAUUAUAGAGUCUAUCGGGGACUAUUACGCCUGUGCUCGCCUCUCAGGGGCACCUCCGCCACCGGUCCAUGCCAUCAACAGGGGUAUUUUCACAGAGGGGGUGUGCUGUAUUAUAGCAGGACUACUGGGUACAGGAAAUGGCUCCACCUCCUCCAGUCCCAACAUUGGAGUUCUGGGAAUCACUAAGGUGGGCAGCAGGAGAGUGGUGCAAUAUGGUGCAGCCAUAAUGUUCCUGUUAGGAACAGUGGGGAAAUUCACUGCCCUCUUCGCAUCUCUGCCUGACCCCAUUCUAGGUGGCAUGUUCUGCACCUUGUUCGGUAUGAUCACGGCUGUGGGCUUGUCCAACCUGCAGAGCGUAGACCUCAACUCCUCUAGGAAUCUCUUUGUCCUCGGCUUCUCCAUGUUCUUCGGUCUCAUGCUGCCCAGCUACCUAGACUUGCACCCUGGCUGCAUCAAAACAGGAGUUGCAGAGGUGGAUCAAAUCCUCACAGUGCUCCUAACGACUGAGAUGUUUGUUGGAGGCUUCCUGGCGUUUGCCCUGGAUAACACCAUCCCAGGCACAAGGAAGGAGAGAGGGCUGUUGGACUGGAAGGCUGACGAGGGCAGUGGGGGAAGCUCCGCGAACAUACAUACUACUUAUGACUUUCCCAUUGGAAUGAGCUGCGUUAGGAAGAUCAGCUGCCUGCGCUAUCUCCCCAUCUGCCCCAGCUUCCAAGGCUUCAGGCAGCGCAGACGGAAGGACAGCAUGCAGGAAAACAACGAGGAUGAAUUAAGAGAGAGGACUGAGAGUGUACGCAUGGACACAACAAUUACCUUGGCCUGCACCAAAGUAUAGUAAAAGUUCAAUGAUUAAUCUUUUAGAUUAUUUUUAUACUGAGGUGUGAUUUUCACAGCUAUUUAUUGUUUUGGACACUUACAAAUGCACGAUGUUGCAAUGUUGUGACGGGAAUAUUAUUUACUAGAGCAUGUAACUCACCAUGUAUCUUGGAGGUUUGGUCUACCAUCUCUGUUUUCUUACUCACCACCACGUUUUAUAGCAUCUAUUAUUAGUCUACGCUGAAGAACACAGAGCCAUAUAUUCAGACACAUACUUGACCGUAUGCUUGUAUAUAGGCUGUACUGAAGAAGCAGAAACAACAUUAGCAGUGUUUUUUGUAUUUUAUUAAGUCUUUCUUGUGUACAAAAUGAACAAGUAAUGAUAGUGUCUCUCUCUUCUAAUGAUCUGAACUCAAUCGGAGGUAAAGCAAAACAGUUAUGAUAUAAAAUGAAAGUGUAAUAUAUUAAAACAUUCCUAUUUUUUGACUACGUUAAAUGUUUGUUUACAUUAUUAAGUGUUACAAUAAAAUGUUAAAACGAGA